AUGAGUGUGUGUGAGGAGGUGAACCCGUUGGUGGAGUGUGUGUUCCGGCUGGUGGCGUGGCUGUACUCGCUGCUGUGUGUGCUGUGGGGGGGCGGUGAGGGGGGGCGGCGGGUGCAGGAGCGCUCGCGGCAGCUGAAGGCGCGCUCGGUGGGGGGGUCGGGGGGGGGGGGGCCGGGGGGGCCGGCGGGGCCCUACAGAGACCUGGCCGCGCUGGGCGCGCUAGCACGCACGCUGCCACCAGGGGGCCACGACACGCUGGAGCGCGUCUUUGAGUCGGCCGCCAAGCGCUUCCCCCGCCGAGACUGCCUGGGCACCAGACAGCUGCUCAGGAACGAGGACGAGCAGCAGUCCAACGGGAAAGUCUUCAAGAAGGUGAUACUGGGACAAUACAACUGGCGUACCUACGAGGAGAUCCAUCGCGCUGCGCGUCACUUUGGGGCGGGGCUAGCGUCGCUGGGGCAACGGCCCCGUAGCAACAUCGCCAUCUUCUGUGAGACGCGCGCUGAGUGGAUCAUCUCCGCCCAGGCCUGCUUCAUGUACAACUUCCCCUUGGUUACCCUGUACUCUACUCUGGGAGGCCCAGCGAUUGCUCACGGACUCAAUGAGACGGAGGUCACACACAUCAUCACCAGCAAGGAACUACUGGAGACUAGACUCAUGGCCAUCCUAGAGGAGGUUCCUCUGCUGCAGCAUGUAGUGGUGGUGGAGGACAAGCCCCGCAGCUGGCCGGAUUACCCAGCAGGCAUCAGGGUCCACAGCAUGGCCACCGUGCAGGAGCUGGGGGCAAAGCCUGACAACGCAUCAGCCCCUCGUGAGCGUCCUCGUGCGAGUGACAUCGCUGUCAUCAUGUACACCAGCGGCUCCACCGGCGUCCCCAAGGGCGUCAUGAUCUCCCAUAGCAACCUGGUCGCCGGCAUCACCGGCAUGGCCGAGAGGAUCCCCAAACUAGGUGAGGAGGACACCUACAUAGCGUAUCUGCCGCUGGCGCACGUGCUGGAGCUGAGUGCAGAGAUGGUGUGUCUGGCCCACGGCUGCCGCAUCGGAUACUCCUCCCCACACACCCUCGCAGACACGUCCACUAAGAUAAAGAAAGGGAGUAAAGGAGACGUGAGUGUCCUCCAGCCCACACUCAUGGCUGCAGUACCGGAGAUCAUGGACCGUAUCUAUAAGAAUGUGAUGCUGCGUGUGGAGGAGAUGGGGGCACUGCAGAGGACUCUGUUCACGCUGGCCUACAACUACAAACUGGAGCAGAUCAACCAGGGCUACAGCACCCCCCUCUGUGACAAGUUUGUGUUUAGGAAGGUGCGUGCGUUGCUAGGCGGGCGUACGCGUGUGCUGUUGUCGGGCGCUCCUCUCUCGGCGGCGACGCAGCGCUUCAUGAACGUGUGUCUGUGCUGCCCCGUGGGCCAGGGGUACGGUCUCACCGAGACCUGCGGAGCAGGAACCAUCAGCCAGCUGUGGGACUACAGCACUGGGCGAGUGGGAGCACCUCUUGUCUGCUGUGAGAUUCGCUUGAAGGACUGGGUAGAAGGUGGCUACCGCUGCAUGGAUAAGCCUCGUCCUCGGGGGGAGAUUGUGAUUGGUGGGCCGAACGUCACCAUGGGCUACUACAAGAACGAGGCCAAGAACCGCGAGGACUUCUACACGGACGAGGCCGGCCAGCGCUGGUUCUGCACGGGGGACAUCGGGGAGAUCCACGGAGACGGCUGCCUCAAGAUCAUCGAUCGUAAGAAGGACCUGGUGAAGUUGCAGGCAGGGGAGUAUGUCUCUCUGGGGAAAGUGGAAGCAGCCCUCAAGAACUGCCCUCUCGUCGACAACAUCUGUGUCUAUGCCAACAGUGAUGAGUCGUACGUGAUUGGCUUCGUGGUGCCCAAUCAGAAGCAGCUGCUGAGCCUGGCGGAGCAGAGGGGGGUGCGGGGGUCGUGGGCGGAGCUUUGUGACAGCGUCGUCAUGGAGGAGGAGGCGGUCAAGGUCCUCACAGACGCCGCGCUCGCAGCCCAGCUGGAGCGCUUUGAGAUCCCGCGUAAGCUGCGUCUGAGCGCCGAGGCCUGGACGCCGGAGACCGGCCUGGUGACCGACGCCUUCAAGCUCAAGCGCACCGAGCUCAGGAGACACUACCAGCAGGACAUCCAGCGCAUGUACGCCGGCCAAUAGGAUCGCCUCGGACCGCGCCGGACUCCGCCCGACUGCCACAGACCAGAUCUGACCAGAUCAGACUACAUCAUCCACAAACUACGGCACAUAAGACCACAACAGGGCCAUCAGACUAUGUUAGCCUUAAUCAGACUACAACAAGCCCCAUUAGACCACGUUAGUCUUAAUCAGACCACAACAAGCCACAUCAGACCACGUUAGACUUAAUCAGACCACAACAAGCCCCAUUAGACCACGUUAGCCCUAAUCAGACCACAACAAGCCCCAUUAGACCACGUUAGUCUUAAUCAGACCACAACAAGCCACAUCAGACCACUUUAGACUUAAUUAGACUACAACAAGCUACAUCAGACCACGUUAGACUUAAUCAUACUACACUAUACCACAUCAGACCACGUUAGUCUUAAUCAGACUACUCUAUACCACAUCAGACCAGGUUAGUCUUAAUCAGACUACAUUGUACCAUGUCAGACCGCAUGGAAUGAUCAGACCACAUCGGCCUCAACAAGACCCAUACACAAGACUGUGAAUGAAACACACACACACACACACACACACACACACACACACACACUCUUAUCACGUGUGUCUGGACCCGGGCCCAUGGCCUGCUCGAGCCAGCCCAAUGGCCUUAUCUCACAUAGGGGCUGGAACACACACACACACACACUCACAUAGGGGCUGGGUGUAGCUGGCCUGCGUAAGAAGUGUGUGGGGCUCAAGGGCUGUAUAGGAUAUCAGCCGUAUGUUUAGCCGAUGUAUGGAAACAGAUGUAUGGAAACAGAUGUAUGUUUACUAAUUCUAUGUCAGUUUACUAUAUAUGUAAACAACAUCAGGAGCUACAUGGUGAAAAUGUCUAUAGCAAACACUCAGCACACACCAAAAGCUUUUUACACACACACACACACACACACACACACCAAAAGCUCUUUACACACACACACACACACACACACAAACACACACACGCACACACACACACACACACACACACACACACACACACACACACACACACACACACACACACAAACACACAUCAAAAGCUCUUUAGACACACACACACACACACACACACACACACACCAAAAGCUUUUUACACACCCACAAACACACACCCACACACACACACACACACACACACACACACACACACACACACACACACACACACACACACACACACCAAAAGCUCUUUACACACACACACACACACACACACACACACACACACACACACACACGUCCAGAACACUCAGCACACAAAAAUACUUU